CGUUGAGAUUUAAACAUUUUCGUUUUAAAUUUUCACUUUGCACUUUUGUUUUUUUUUUUUUAGUAUUUCUACUUUGUUUUUGCAUACUGCGCGUUUUAUAUAGCAAAUUCAAUGGGUAGCAUUGAUUCGGAUAUGAUUACACCGGCGGGCGUUUUGGUGCCCCGUCUAAAUCCGUGGGAGAUAAUGGAUUGGCCAUCGAAGCAACGUCGAUCGAUUUAUCGCAGCUGGGCGCAACAUUUUUCCAUACAACGCUGCUACGGUGCGGCUCAAACGUAUUUCGAGAAGUGCAUCAACGAAAAGCCAUCCGACGAUGAUUUUCGCACGCUUCUGAUGCGAAACAAAUUCAAUCGCUCGAUUGCCCGGCCGGAGGAGGCGUUGUUGGAUAGCCAGAAGGCCGCAACACUUGUGGAGCCAGGCAAUGCAUCGGUCAAUUUGUUGAUGGCCGAUGCAUUGUAUGAUCUCAACAGGUUCGAGGAUAACAAAUUGUUGUUGCACGACAAUCUGCGCGGCCAAGUGGGCACCACUCAGCAGCCGUUCAAGCAUCGCCUCACGAUUGUGAAUGAGAAUUUCAAGGAUAGCGUUGGCGACAGCAUGAGUCCAUUUCUGUUGCGAAAUUCCGCCAAACUAUCUACCAUCCAUGAGCUAGUGUUGAAGCCAAAGAAACCAAGUGAACCCAUGCCUAGAUGGUUGGCCAAUAAGAAUCGCACUGAAUGCGAUGUCCAGAGUUUGGUCGAGAAGAAUAAUCGACGAAUUUCACCGUUGGAGGCGGCGUGGCAGCAACGCAAAAAGAAAUGUUUCUUUCAAACGUAUUUGCACCGCUCCUGGGUUGAUGUUGCAUUCUUGAAAUCACUUCGCGAUAAUCCUAAUGUGGUGCUGGAAAACUAUUUCAGCACCGCCGCCGAGCGGUUGAAUAUGAUGAACAAAAGCUGUGAGCAUCUCUCGAAAUUCAGUCGCAUGCUUCAUGCCCGAAGUCCGAUGUACAACGAGGCCUAUGAGCGCAUGGAAUACGGCGAGAAGGCGGACAAAUUCCAUGAGGCCAACAUGUUUCGGAUACAGUAUCAGACACGUCGAAAUAUGGUCUCCAUAUUGCGAACAAUUACCGCUCUAAGGGCGCAAAAUGAUAUACGACGUCUUCGCAAAUUCGUGGAGAAGACAAUGGGCGAGUAUAAUGUGCUGAAGACGACACGGGUGAUGCCCUGGAAAAUCGAGUUCAUGAACGAAGUGUACAAUCAUCUGGCGUUGAGCCUGUGCGAAAGCUAUCGUCUGCCCAAGUCGAAGAUAUCGCCGUACGAUAAUAACUCCAUGUGUCAUCUGCUUGGCGUGUCGCCGUUGAAGCCCUCAGAGCAGCGAACUGUCGUCUUUGGUGAUCGCUCCUCAUACACGUAUGAAGACAGCGGCGACGCCUUUGAGCAGGCCAAAGAGUUUAAGCGCUCGAAAUUAGCUCUGGAGAAUCGUUUGUCAUUCGCCAAGUUGGCCAUCGAGCGCAGCUAUUUGCUCUACGAGCUGGCCGAUGUGCACAUGGCACAGAAUCAACAAGUGCGUUGUCUAUUUUAUGCACAGAAGUCCAUCGCUGAGGCCAAGAAAUGCAAUAGUAAAAUUUGGGAAUUCUUGGCCACAAUGCAGCAGGCGAAAUCGCAUGCGAUACUCUGCAAAUUCGAGCGACAAUCCGAUGUCCUCGAUGCUGCCUAUCAGCUGGCCAAGGAACUGAAAUCGCCGCAACUUUGCACCUUCAUCGAACUGUGUCGCAUGCUCAACAGGGAUUACAUGACAUUGCGUAAAAUGCUGCAGUUGGUGGCAUCGAAGCGUCUGCGUAGUCGCCUUUCAAAUCGAUCCCUCACUGAAAAAGUCUAGCGGCGAUGCAAUCGAGCGAGUACUGUACAGGAAUUUAACGUGACUUUCCUACUUUCUGCACAGCACUCGCUCUCUUGCCUCAAAGCGAACCUUUUUUUCAGCAUUCGAUUUUAGCAAAUUAUCAAAAUAACAAAAAUACUAAAUUUUAAUUUAAACAUUGCAUCAUAUAAAAAUAAAUUAUUGAACUGAAAUAAAA